UCCUGUCUAUCUAAGAAACCAACAAAGAAGCAAAGAAGCAAAAUCCAGAAACCCUUAACAAUCUUCACUUUCCAUCUUCCCAACUCCAUCGAUCGCCAAGAACAGAAACAAAACCUUCAUCGAUCUCAUCCCGACUGUUAAUCACAACAAAACCCAACUCGAUUCGAUAAUAUCUAUCUGCAUCAGAAAUGAGGAACCCAUCUUCGUCUUCAUCCUCGGGCGCCAAAGCAAAAUCAUCAUCAGCAGCAGCAGCAGGAGUGUCGUCUUCGUCGAGCAAGACGCCGUGCUGCGUCAAGGUGGGUCUGAAGAGAGGUCCCUGGACUCCUGAAGAAGAUGAGCUCUUAGCCAACUACAUCAAGAAAGAAGGCGAGGGCCGGUGGCGAACCCUCCCGAAGCGCGCCGGCCUCCUCCGCUGCGGCAAGAGCUGCCGCCUCCGCUGGAUGAACUACCUCCGUCCUUCUGUCAAGCGCGGCCAGAUCGCCUCCGAUGAAGAAGAUCUCAUCCUCCGCCUCCACCGACUCCUCGGCAAUAGAUGGUCCCUGAUUGCUGGGAGGAUUCCGGGGCGUACAGACAAUGAGAUAAAGAACUACUGGAACACUCACCUCAGUAAGAAGCUGAUUAGUCAGGGCAUAGAUCCCAGAACCCACAAGCCACUCAAUCCAGAUCCAACCUCUUCUGCUGAUCACCAUGCUGCUGUCAAUGUCAAUGGAGCUUCUUCUUCCAAGAACAAUCAACAUCACGGCGGGACCAGCUCAAACCCUAACCCUAAAAGUCCAAAUACGUCUUCAUCACUUGAGGAAGCAGCAGCUCCCGUUGCUAAGGAAAAUGGGUACCUUGUUAGCAAUGAUGAUUUGGGGGUUAUUGUCCAUGGAGCGGCCGGCUAUGGAAAUGUUAUGACCUCCAAUGACUCUGAUGCCUCUGCAGCAGGAAUGGGAGCUUUGAGAAGCAACCUACUGCUUGGAAAUGAGGAGGAUGAAGACAUGAACUGUUGCACAGACGAUGUCUUCUCUUCGUUUCUGAACUCUCUGAUCAAUGAGGAUCCGUUUGCUGCUGCAGCAAGCCAGCACCAGUUGCAGCCAUUACAAGUAAUGCAACAGCCUAAUGGGAUUGCCCAACCUGCUGCUGAAUCUUCUGCACCAGCUUUCGGUGGUUGGGAAUCUGCGGUGCUCAUGUCUUCCGCUUUCAUCCAGAAUGAUCCACACAGGGUUAAUGUCAAUCAGACGCAAUAGUGAUCGAUCGUAGUACCUGUUCGAACAAAGCUGCAUUAUCAAAAAGCAGUUGCUUAAUUAGUUAAUCUAGCUAUGGAAAGGCUAUAGGGUUCAUUUGAAUCUCAUAUUGUUGCUUGUGUAUUUGGAAUCUAUAUUUGUUCAUCCAGCACUUGAUCAUUGUAUAUGAUCAUUCUAUCAUGUAUGUUUGUUACUAGGAUUGUAAACAAACAUAUAAGAUUUUAAUGUUUGUAUUACUAUAGAGUGUGCUUAUAUAUGUGUGUGGAUUUGUCUUCGUUUCUUGUUUCAUAACUCUACCUUACAAAAGA